AUGGCCGACGGUCUUCAGAUGGGCAACUUGUCCCUUAACGAUUCCCAGCACGCGGUCCAGGCCGGUCCUCCCCCUGGUCGCGCUGCUUACAUCCCUCCUCACCUGCGCGGACGCAACGCCGGUGCCAGCAUGGACGGCGCUGCUCCUCCUCCUGGUCCUGGCUACGGUGGCCCUCGCGGUGGCCCUCGCGGCAACUGGGCUAAUGCCAACGCUCCCGACUUCAGCCCUCGCGGUCCCGCCAACGGUAGAGUCGCCCAAGCCUCGGACGGUCAAGCGCGCCGAAUUUUCGACCCCAAUGCUUACGGACUCUUAGGAAAUGCAGGUGGCUCUUAUGGAGGUGGUAACUACGGUGGUGGCUCUGCUCGUGGUUCGGGUGAUGGCCAGUGGCGCGACGGCAAGCACAUCCCCGGUCCCGCCAACGCUCGCGUCGAGCGCGAGCUGUUCGGCGUCCCCAACGACCCCUCCAAGCAGCAGACUGGUAUCAACUUUUCCAACUACGAUGAUAUCCCCGUUGAGGCUUCCGGUCACGAAGUCCCCGAGCCCGUUAACGCUUUCACCAACCCUCCCCUGGACGACCACCUCAUCUCUAACAUCAAGCUCGCGAGCUAUGUCACUCCUACUCCCGUCCAGAAGUACUCCAUCCCCAUUGUCAUGAACGGCCGUGACCUUAUGGCUUGCGCCCAGACCGGUUCCGGAAAGACCGGUGGUUUUCUCUUCCCCAUUCUCUCUCAGGCGUUCCAGAACGGCCCGUCCGUUACUCCUCCCCAGGCUACUGGCCAGUUCAGCUAUGGCCGACAGCGCAAGGCUUACCCUACCUCUCUUAUCCUGGCUCCCACUCGUGAGCUGGUCUCCCAGAUCUUCGAUGAGGCCCGCAAGUUCAGCUACCGCUCCUGGGUUCGCCCCUGCGUCGUCUACGGUGGUGCCGACAUUGGCUCCCAGCUGCGCCAGAUCGAGCGUGGCUGCGAUCUGCUCGUUGCCACUCCCGGUCGUCUGGUCGACCUGAUCGAGCGUGGCCGUAUCUCUCUGGUCAACAUCAAGUACCUGGUUCUGGAUGAGGCUGAUCGCAUGCUGGACAUGGGUUUUGAGCCCCAAAUUCGCCGUAUUGUCGAGGGUGAGGACAUGCCCCGUGUUGAGGACCGCCAGACCCUCAUGUUCUCGGCCACUUUCCCCCGUGACAUCCAGAUGCUGGCCCGUGACUUCCUGAAGGACUACAUUUUCCUGUCGGUUGGUCGUGUCGGUUCCACCUCCGAGAACAUCACCCAAAAGGUCGAAUAUGUCGAGGACCACGACAAGCGCUCCGUUCUGCUGGACAUUCUCCACACCCACGGUACUACCGGUUUGACCCUGAUCUUCGUCGAGACCAAGCGCAUGGCCGACUCGCUUUCCGACUUCCUGAUCAACCAGCGCUUCCCUGCCACCGCCAUUCACGGUGACCGCACUCAGCGUGAGCGUGAGCGUGCUCUGGAGUUCUUCCGUAACGGUCGUUGCCCCAUCCUGGUCGCUACUGCUGUUGCUGCCCGUGGUCUCGAUAUCCCCAACGUUACCCACGUCAUCAACUACGAUCUGCCCACCGACAUCGAUGACUACGUCCACCGUAUCGGUCGUACCGGUCGUGCUGGUAACACCGGUAUCGCCACUGCUUUCUUCAACCGUGGCAACCGUGGUGUCGUCCGUGACCUGAUCGACCUGCUCAAGGAGGCUCACCAGGAUUGCCCUUCGUUCCUCGAGAGCAUUGCCCGCGAAGGUAGCGGCUACGGUGGUCGUGGCCGUGGCGGUGGUCGCGGCCGUGGUGGCAGCGCUGCCACUCGCGAUAUGCGUCGUCUGCCUCCCUCCUCUGGCGGCUUCAGCGGUGGCUUCGGUGCCCCCCCCUCCUACGGCGGUGGUGGCGGUAGCUACGGCGGUGCUCCCUCCUACGGCAGCGGCGGCGGCGGCGGCGGCUACAGUGGCGGCUAUGGCGGCGGUGGCUACGGCAACCCCUCUGGCUCUGCCGGCCCCUCCUCCUGGUGGUAA